GCCCAAACUCCGAUAAGUUGAAAACACCUAUCUCCAACCGAUUGUGUCGAAAGUACCACCCCUACCGCCUUAUCUUCCGUGUGGCAAUUCACACAACUUCAAAACGUUUUCCAAAUUGCAAGGGCGCCGCUUGCUCCAUACAGCCAUGAACACUCGCAUUUUACCCGUAGACACGUCCUCCAUCACAUUCGGCUCCUCCGACGAGCCUAUCAUCAGCGAUGCGGUCACCAGAAAAAACCUACUAGCCGCAGCGGCUAUUCUCCAUGACACCACUGACGUUGUUGGGUUCCCUACUGAAACCGUAUACGGUUUGGGGGGCUCUGCUCUCAGCGACGAAUCGGUCAGAUCUAUCUACCGUGCCAAGAACCGACCAGCAGACAACCCGUUAAUCGUACACGUCUCCUCCUUAUCUCAGUUGAAGCGCAAGAUUCUUCCUGAAGACUAUGAGAUUCCCGAGAUCUAUACUCCGUUGCUUGCAAAGUUCUGGCCAGGGCCCUUGACCAUCUUGCUUCCCGUCUUCCCCAGCUCCCCUCUCUCACUGCUUGUCACUGCCAACCAGCCUACCUUUGCGGUUCGCAUUCCGGCCCAUCCCGUCGCCCGGGCGUUAAUCGCGUUGAGCGAUACCCCGAUCGCUGCUCCCUCUGCUAAUGCCUCCACCAGGCCGAGCCCUACCCUCGCCAGCCACGUGUAUGCGGACCUUCAGGGUAGGAUCCCGAUGAUUUUAGACGGUGGUGCGUGUGACGUCGGAGUGGAAUCAACCGUUGUAGAUGGUUUGGUGAGCCCGCCGAUGUUGUUGAGACCGGGUGGGAUUUCCGUCGAGGACAUCCGAAAAUUCGGUGGCCUGGCUUGGGAGAAUGUCGUGCUAGCCAAGAAAACCGCGGGGAAAAUGGAAGCCGUGAGAACUCCCGGUAUGAAGUACAGACACUAUUCACCCAAGGCCAAGGUGGUGUUGUUUGUGAACUCUGGAACUGGUGCCAGAGUGGAGGAAUACAUUAUCAAGAAUGGGUUGCAGAACAAGAAGUGCGCGUUGUUGAAAUCUCGGUUCUUUGAGAGCUCCCCGUUGAUCCAGGUGGAGAGAGACAUGGGCACGACUGGCGCUGACAUCUCGCGCAACUUGUUUGCCAUGUUGAGAGAGGUGGACGAGAUGGGAGUGGAUGUCAUCUUUGUUGAGGGCAUCGACGAGUCGAAUGAGGGAUUGGCGGUGAUGAAUCGGUUGAGCAAGGCUGCAGGCGAGAUUGUCGAUGGUGGAUUGUAACGAAAAGGCUGUAACGGUAUCUGUAUAUAGAUUGCAGACAUGUAAUGACUUAAUUUCUCGUAGAUAGAAUCAAAGAGGGCAGAAACUGGCAUGAGCAGAACCGUAGGCUGAUGAAUAGUCUAAGAAG